CUCUGUAUUCAAUUCUCAAAGUCUCUCCUUUUUCGAUUUCCUUAUUAAACGAAAUCUUUCGCCACUCGCUGAUCCUAUAGUGACCCAGAUGCUAAAUCACUUGGUUUCUCGUCUGGUUUCUCCCUCAUUACGAUCUCAUCCCUCAAAAAUCUCAGCUUUACGGUUUUCCACAACUGUCUCAGCCGCCGAGAGACUAUACGACCAGCUUCAGGGAUGCACGACCAAUCUCGAGAAGCAAUUAGCCUCGGCUAAGGUGAAAUUGGACUCUUCUUGUAUCAACGAGGUGAUAAGAAGAUGCCAUCCAAAUCAAUUUCAAUCGGGUCUUAGAUUCUUCAUAUGGGCAGGAACUCAAUCCAGCCAUAGACACAGUCCUUUUAUGUAUAGCAAAGCUUGCGAAUUUCUUAAGAUUAGAGCAAACCCAGGUUUGAUCAAGGACGUUGUUGAAGCUUAUCGUAAAGAGGAAUGCUUUGUUAGUGUUAAGACGAUGAGGGUUGUUCUUACUCUGUGUAAUCAAGCGAGACUCGCUGAUGAGGCGUUGUGGGUAUUAAGGAAGUUUCCUGAAUUCGAUUUAUGCGCAGACACUGUUGCUUAUAAUUUGGUGAUUAGGUUGUUUGCUGAUAAGGGAGAUUUGAAUAUGGCUGAUAUGUUGAUGAAAGAGAUGGAUUGUGUUGAUCUUUAUCCAGAUGUGAUUACUUAUACAUCACUGAUCAAUGGGUACUGCAAUGCUGGUAUGAUCGAUGAAGCUUGGAAGUUGGCUAAGGAGAUGAGUAAGCACGAUUGCGUGCUUAACACCGUGACGUAUUCGAGGAUUCUAGAAGGAGUUUGUAAGUCUGGCUCUAUGGAAGCAGCGUUGGAGUUGUUGUCUGAAAUGGAGAAAGAAGAUGGUGGUGGAUCUGUUAGUCCGAAUGCGGUUACUUAUACUUUGGUAAUUCAAGCGUUUUGUGAGAAGAAGAAGAUUAGAGAGGCGUUGUUGGUAUUGGAUAGAAUGGUAGACCGAGGAUGCACUCCGAAUCGUGUUACUGCUAGUGUUUUGAUUCAGGGGGUUUUGGAGAACGAUGAGGAUGUUAAGGAUCUUUCUAAGUUGAUUGAUAAGUUGGUGAAACUUGGCGGUGUUUCUCUUUCUGAAUGUUUUUGUUCGGCUACUGUGUCGCUAAUCCGUUUGCAAAGAUGGAGAGAGGCUGAAAAGAUCUUCCGACUGAUGUUGGUCCGCGGGAUUAGACCUGAUGGUCUUGCGUGCAGUCUUGUUCUCAGGGAAUUAUGUUUAUCGGAAAGGUUUCUUGAUUGUUUCCUUGUGUAUCAAGAAAUCGAGAAGGCGGAUGUGAAGUCAACAAUAGACUCAGAUAUACACGCGAAUCUUUUGCUCGGUCUCUGCAAACAGGGGAGUUCUUGGGAAGCUGCCAAGCUUGCGAAAUCGAUGCUCGAUAAGAAAUUGAGAUUAAGAGUUUCUCAUGUUGAGAAAAUCAUUGAAGCGUUGAAGAAAACUGGUGAUGAAGAUCUCAUGCGUCGUUUCUCUACUGAUUGAUUUGAUUAAUUUAGAUAGGUUAAGAAUAAGGAUUCUUGUUGUACAAGACUCAUCAUUAAGCUUUUUCGAUAUUGGAUAAACUAGUAUAGCAAUUGAGGUAUUUUCUAUUCUUAAGGAUGCAAGGGCUCCUUCGUCUUGCGGUUGAGUCUUUGUGCGGUUGGUUCUGUAGAUAUGGUAUGACGUGUGUGACUACAUCUUGAUCCGCUAUUUUGAGGUGUCUACCGGGUACACUCACAAACUUCAGUUUUCCUACAACAUCUAGUGUUUUCAGACCGAUCCAAUCCUCUGUAUAGAGCUUUGUCUGUUGAGCAGGGAGAACAUUUUCGAAGUCACCAUCCGGAUAAAAUCCGAACCAAGUUGAGUCAUUUGGAACAAUAACCUGGUCGUCUUAAAACUGUAAAGCAAAACAGAAUCAUGAAGAGGGGAAACAAAAGAUACAAGUUGAAAAGUAGUCAUGGUUGCGAAGAGACCAAACCUUGACAAGAACCAGGUUGUGUAAACUGGCGAAACGCUUUUUGUAAGUUGAGUUUCUUUGGUUUGGUAUCUCAUUGUUACGCCUAGGUAGAUAUUUAGAGCUUUCCAAGUACUUUGUCAUAUCCUAAGAAACAACAUAAAGAAAUUCAAAGAGUUUGUGGAAUCUCUCUUAAAACUCUAUGUUGUUGUUUUGAUCAUUAAAUACAUAUUUGUUGAUUUUGCAA